CCAAGUAGUCCUAUCGAGUAGAAACUCAGCAAAGAGACUCGUAGAAAUGCGCGGUUCCAGAUAAGCCACUGUACGGCUGUGGCGUCACCCGGAAGUAGUCGUACUGUGCGGCGUGACCGGAACAACAAGAUGGCGGAGAAUGGGGAUUUUCGGAAGUCAGUCCUGUAACAAAGACUUCAGCUUACUGACUGGGGAAAACGUUGUGUGGCACCACACCGAAGCCAGCAUGAGCCUCCAGCAGCCAGCCCCUCUCAUCCCCCCUGUCCACCCAGAUGUACAGAUGAAACCCCUGCCCUUCUAUGAUGUCCUGGACGUUCUAAUUAAGCCUUCAAGUUUAGGAGCGAGUACUGCACAGAGGUACCACCAAGAAAAAUAUUUUAUCUUUGCUUUGACACCACAACAAGUUCGAGAAGUAUGCAUAUCCCGGGACUUUCUACCAGGUGGCAGAAGGGACUAUAUGGUUCAGAUUCAACUGAGGUUCUGCUUGUCAGAGACAAGCUGUCCUCAAGAGGAUAAUUAUCCAAACAGUCUAUGUGUCAAAGUCAAUGGAAAACUUUUCCCUUUGCCAGGUUAUGCACCACCACCAAAAAACGGCGUGGAACAGAAGAGACCUGGAAAACCACUAAACAUUACUUCCUUAGUCAGACUCUCAUCUGCAGUACCCAAUCAGAUUUCAGUGACAUGGGCACCUGAAAUUGGAAAAACCUAUUCUAUGUCUGUGUACCUGGUGAGGCAAUUGACAUCACCACUGCUGUUGCAGAGGCUGAGGAUGAAGGGCAUCAGAAACCCAGACCACUCCAGAGCACUAAUUAAAGAGAAGCUCACAGCAGAUCCAGACAGUGAGAUUGCCACAACAAGUCUUCGAGUGUCACUCAUGUGCCCGCUGGGUAAGAUGCGACUGACAGUGCCAUGCAGGGCGGUGACGUGCUCUCAUCUGCAGUGUUUUGAUGCUGCCCUCUACCUGCAGAUGAAUGAGAAGAAACCAACCUGGAUCUGCCCUGUAUGUGACAAGAAGGCUGCAUAUGAAAGUCUCAUCAUUGACGGUUUGUUCUUGGAGAUCCUGAAUGACUGCUCAGAUGUGGAUGAAAUAAAAUUCCAGGAGGAUGGAACCUGGUGCCCCAUGAGACCAAAGAAAGAUUCUGUCAAGGUUCCCUCUCAGUCACUUCCAAAAAUUGAGACCUCAGCUCCUUUGCGUCACGCUUCAGUGAUCCCUCAUUCUACUGAGCCCAGUUCCACCAAGAAAGCUGAUGUGAUUGAUUUGACUCUGGAAAGCUCCUCCUCCUCUGAUGAUGAUGAAGAGGACACAGACCCUCCAUUGAAGAAACAAUGUGUUUACAUUUCCAAGAAUGAGGAGAUGCAUGCAAAGGGGGUGUUGACCUACCAGCCCACUGUGCGCGUGCCAAACGUCCAAACCUUGGACCCAUCCUAUCUGACCUCUACCCUUGCUGACUAUGCAGUCCCCUUCCAUCCAUCCACCCUAGCCACCAUCCCUACAGAUAUGCAGAGUCUGGAUUUGUUUUCCUUAAUUCAAGCAGAUCCUCAGCAUUACCGGCCUCAGAUGUUUUUGGAUAACCUGACAAACAGCAUGCAACCUGCAGCCAGCACCAGCUCAGCUCUGGUAUCCUCCUCCAGCAGCCACUAUGACACCAGCACCCAUGCUGCCAGCUCCAUCCACGAGGCCCAGGUCAUCACAGGAGGAAGGGGGAGUGCCAGAGGAGGGACUGACAGCAGCAUAUCAGAUGUCAUUUCGCUUGACUGAGCCACAUCUCACUGGACCUUUUCAGGCCUGUUUUGUGGCUUUUUAGUGUGGUCUGUAUGUACAUGAAAUAUUGAGGUCUGCACAGAAGCACCCGAAUUGGUAUACAUGAGCAUUUUGAUGACCUGAACAUUUUUGUUUCAAAUUGUAUCCAGGCAGGUUUUUUUGCACUUGGAUUUUUAAAAUUCAAAUGUGGUUUCCUUCCCAUCUCCUAUGGUAGGAUGAUAAAGGCAACACUAACUGAAGAGUUAACAAAGAGUCAGUGUUUUGCUAGUUCUCCUGCCCUUGGCAUUUCAGGAAUUAUCUUGUUUGCUUUUGUAACUUUAGUCUCAUUACAUCAUAAAAUUGAAAGGAAGUGUUUCGUUUUGGUUAGCCUAUGUGCCACUGUGAGGUUGACCAGCAGCAUACUCUGGAUUGGAAUCAAUGGAACUUUGAACGCUUUCACAUCAGUCAUUUAUUUCAGUCUUCAUGUCAAAAAGGUAUUGCUUAGGGAACUUUUUUUUUAAUUGUUUCUUUUUAUUUCAUCCUACCAUUUUUUGAUGACUUGCUAGUCAGCUAGUCUUGUGGCUACCCUUUAUACAAGUAGAUUUAUUUUAAUAACACUUCACCCUCAUCUCUGCAAAUGUCUUCCUAUCAGAAAGAAAAAUGCCUGUGAUGCUUUUUUAGCAUUCAUUCAACAAUGGAAAUAUUCACACCAUUCAACUCCUGAUUUAUACCAUAUUGUUUGCUUGCACAUAUGAGUGAAUCUGACACAAGUCUGUUGUGGCCUGGUUAACAUGAACUUUGUGCCUCAUUAGGAUGAAACAGAGUCAGAAUGAAUGAAAAAAGAGCUUGGACUUUUCACAGCAAGAGCUCAAAAUUUUCAUGCAACAUUAUCGCAAGUGAAUAAACGAUUGACACAGGAAGGACCUCUAAGAAAGACUUUUGGACAGACUCUUCACUUUGGAGGUGUCGGACCUCCCUACACACCAUGGACAGGGCUGUUUCUGGCUGUUUACUGUAUCUGCUUGUUGUGGUCUGCCUGUUUGACUUUUCGUUCACACCAAUAGAAAGGAUUAAGGUCAUGAAUUCAGAUGAUUUUGUUGGUUCAUUAGAUAGUUCCCACUUUGAUGGGGUUGGUUUUUGUUACAGGGCAGCUUUUAUGUCAUACCCAUGUAAAAUGUUCCUUUGUUUCAUUGUGAUUUAAUCAGAGCAAUAAUAAUUUAGAGUUGGGUUAAAAAUUGUAGUGUGAUUCCAUAUGUUCUGUACCACUCUGCUGCCCAAAUAUUUCCCUUAUGUAUGAUCAAUCUGUUGUCUUAUGUUAAUUACAGUCACAAUUGUUGUUCUUUCAGAGAAAUAUACUUAAAGGAAUCAUUCAGAUUUAAAGUAAAUACAAUGAUUUGCUUUUCUUUAGAGAGUGAGAUGAUCAAAUGAAUAUCAGUCUCAGGGCUGUGUGCAAAGUCAGCUUGUUGUUCAUUCAUUACUCCAUAUAUAACAGACAUUAAAUAGUCAACUCAGUACACCUUUUACACAGAAAACAUGUCAACUAUUUAUUGCAGGAAAAGCACAGGUGUAAGUGAUGGCCCGCAUUCCCUGUAGGUGAGCUUGUUCCUUUGCCAUGGUAUUGGCUGACUGGGACACUGGAUGGAACUGAGUCAUUGCUAAUAAAAUCAGUUUCACCUCUACUUUGCUUUACCUGCUAUAGGAAGUCAACAUUUUGAUCAUUGUUAGCAUUAUCUCUGUCAGCUGUUGAGUCAUGCAGCCGUGUGUCGUGUGGCCCAAUGGUUUGGUCCGAAGGUUAGUGGUUCAAACCCCAAUGCAGCCACUGUCGGGCCUUUGAGCAAGGCCCUUAACCCUUCCUGCUCCAGGGGUGGCGUAUCGCGGCUGACCCUGCGCUCUGACCCCCCAAAUUGGGGGGAUAUGCGAAAAUCAGAAUUUACCCUUGUGGGAUUAAUAAGGGAUAAUAAAAUUUUUCAAAAAAUAUGGACCAUUGCAUUGGGGGUUGAUGAAUACCAUGGACACUAUUUGUUUUCAUUCUGUUGUAAGGGAGCUACACAGUGUAUGCAUUAACAUAUUCAAAUUAAAUGGCAGACAGUUAAUAUAGUUCAUAGUAUAUAGGGAGUGAUUCAGGCACAGCCCAAGUGCCCAGAUGUUGUAAACCUAACUUCGUGAGAACAAUUUAUUUAUACUGCACAUUUAAAUACAGCAAAAAGUUAAUCCAGUUAGAACAAAAAGUAGUCUAUUACAAACCUCAGAACAAUUCAACCUUUGCAUCAAAAGUUAUCCAAAUCAGAUAGGAUGAAUUACAAGGGUAGCUCAGCAUUAAGAGUGGAAAUGGCUUGCCUGUAUGAGUCAAAAGUUCAGAAAUGCACCUACCAAUACCUGUAAAGCUCAGUAAUUAUCGUACUAUCUCCAAGGCUGUUUCCCUAUUUCCAGUCCUUAGACUAAGCUAGACUAACCAUGUCCCGACUUCAGCUCUGUGGCUAACACAGACAUCACAGUGAUAUUCAUCUCCUCAUCUUGCACUCAUAAAAUUUAGCCAGAUACUGAACUGCCACAUUUGUGAAAAAUAAAAAUCUUUAUCAACUUGCCCAGUAUAAGGCAGUUUAAAGGAGCAUUUUAAAUAAGCUCUAAAUUACUGUGUUUGCUUGUAUCUAUGUUAGUGUUAAACUUCAGGCAAGUCCAUCCUGCAUGAAGUCUCUUGCUCUUCCCUUCAGUUGUCCUUUAUAAGUCCUUUAAUUCUUCUGAAUUGUGACCUCUGCUAUUUUUGGAUUUUGCUGUAUGUCGAUGAUGCUAUAUGUUGCCGUCUGGGAUGAACAGACAUCACAUGAACAUUUCUCAGUGUUAACUACUACGCUCAAGUCUACUUACUUGCAGUUAAUGACAGGCAGCAACAUACAGAUUGGAAACAGAGCAGCUACUGUAUCAUAAAUAUAUCAUCUUGAUUGUUUGUUGUUUAUGUGGACUCCCAAGCUAUUGGAAGUUUGAUCUCAGGGACCUACAGUCUGCUUUUCUGGGCUUGAACAGUCUAAGUGAAUUAAAAUAUAGACGCAUAGUAACAAUACUGUCAGCAUCUGUACCAAAAAUACAGAUGGUGAUGUAAAAGUAAAGCUAAUGUAUAAUAUUUCUUGGUUUCUUUUUUAUUCAAACAUUAUGCCAAGGAGUGUUGGCAUUUGCAAAGUGAUAUGUUAAGGCAGUGUUAGUAGUUUACCGAAUUGAAAGAAGAAAGGAAAAACUUUACUUGCCUUUAGUGGUAUCUAUCUAUGGAUAUUUUUUUCAUUCAUGUGAACAAGUUUUGUAAUAUCUUUGAGAUUUCACUCUCAACAAAAUUUAGUUGUUUAUUAAGACAUGGCACUUAAUGUUUUUUUUUUACUGUCAUUAUCCCUGCUUCUCUGUGUAUUCCACAGACUGAGACAGUCUUGAUUAGAACUGCUAUGAAAACCGUCAGCAAAACUGCUGUUGCUGAUUGUGUUUGCUUCCAGUGUGUUGGGGUGGAAACAUAAAUGUUACACAAACAUCUCAAAGCCUGGACAAAAAAGCAACUUCAUGGUAACAUACCAUUUGUCGUAUAUGGGAAAAUAUCAUCUUUGUCAUUCUGGUGAACCAAGACUUAGGAAGAAUGGUAUAAUAAACUGAAGUGUGCAAGAUCAAGAUGAUCAGAACCUUUUCCCACCUGAUCAGCACCUUUACUCAUUCAGGAAAAACUCUUUAGUGGAGAGUGUUUGCAGAAAGUUCAUUGACUUGUGAAAAUACUUACUAGAUUAAGAGUCUCAGUUCACCUAUUGUGGGGUUUUUUGUACUCGUCACACUUUAUGGACUUUGAAACAUAAUCCAGAUCACUUGAAAGUUUCUCUUUUCACACCAUACUAACAUUAGUUAGAGGUAACUACUCCCUUUUGUUGAAGCUUAUUACAGGAUGGUUUAUUUCAAAGUUGUCUUUGUUUUCCUGUAUCUAUAAAUGUGCAGCAAUUUGCAAUGUGGUACCAUGUAUAAAUUCUUCUUUUUUUGGAAUUAAAGGUUUUUGUUUUUUA